GCAAUUCUUACUGUGUGAUUGAUCUUUGAUAAAGUCCUAUCACAAUAUGCAAUUAGACCCUAAACUUCAGUUUUAUGGUAACAACUGUCGUUAUUUGGUCUUCCAAUGUGCGCCAAUCUAAAUUCCAUAUUGUGUUGUGCAAUAAAGCUCGAGAGAGAAAAGGUUCUACCAAAAACAGAACAGAAAUUACAUAAGAGGGAGGAGAAGGAUAAAAAGAAGGAUAGGAAGGGAAUCGAUAAAAUUCAGUGCCCCUCCAAGAAAUUUAAGAAGCUUGAUGAUUGUCAAAAUGGUUAUAAUGAUGAAGACCAAUUGGAGAAAAGUGACUUUACUGAAGAAAACGAGCCACCAGUUUGCUAUGUAUCUGAUGGCAGCCAAAGCAGCCACAAGAGGAAAAGGGAAAUGGUGUCCUAUAGUGAAUGCAAGGUUGAUGGGAAGAAAAUAAAGAUGAAAUUUUCUUUGAGAAAUCCUCAUCAAUCUGAAGCAGUGAUUGGUGAAAAACCAUCUUGCUCUAGCAAUGGAAGGGGGGAUUCUAAUCAAGAUCAGAUUGGAUUUGUUCCUCCUGUGCCUGAACAGAAACUGUGUCGUGAUGAUGGAAGGAAGGAACAAGUUCCCUCUCCUGUUCCAAGUUCUGCUGCCCUUGUGUCUGAACAGAAACUGAGGCCUGAUGUUGCAAUGAAGGUGCAAAGACCCUCUUCUUCUAGAAGACUGGCCAAAGGCGAUAAGAUUCUUAGGGCUGCAUUGCAAUAUAAAACCUUGCUUGAGGAUUUGUUGCCUCCUGUUCUUCAACCUGAGCUGAAUGAUGAUGAUGAUGGUGACAAUUGGCUUCUUCCCAAAAAGCAGCUUGGGAAACCCGCGGUCAAAGGAUCUGAUGGCAAUGGUGUUCCAUGUCGGGCUAGUUUGAUUUCGUGGCCUCGGUCACAGUAUCUUCCUGAGGCUGAGAUUUAUGCAUUGCCUUAUACAGUUCCAUUUUGAUUCCCCUCUGAUGCAUCGAUUGGUGAAAAGCUAUCUUGUUCUAGCAAUGGAAGGUUGGAUUGUAAUCAGUUCUGAUUAGUUUGGUUGCUUUGGUGCUUGAUAAGAAACUUGGUCAUGAUUAUUGAAGGAAGGAGCAAGGCCCCUCUCCAGUUCCAAAUUGUUGCAAUGUGUUGCAAGGUAGGAGCAAGGUACCUUUUAUUCUAGAACAUCUGCCAAAAGGCAAAAGAUUCUAGGCGGCGUUGCA